CUAUAUCGUUCACAAGGAUCCAAAAAUGUUGUAAAACUACUUAAAUAUUGUGAAACUCAUGAAUUUUAGUGAACGUGAUUCAAAACUUUUAAGUUUAUGGCAAAGCCUGCAUUUCGAAGCUGAGUCGAAUGACAGCUCACCUUCGCGAAAAGCUGAUGACCUCCGUGGUCUUUUAAAUCAAAUCAGCCAUUUACAUUCAAGUGGUGUUGUAUCCAGGGAAGGCUACUCUCGACUAUCCCGACAAUAUGCUGACAAGUAUUGUGGCUUUGUAGAUGGCCAGGAUACGAAUUCCGGUUUAAAUAAUUUUGCAGAACCUGUGUUGGCGCUAGUAACAGGACACAGAAAUGAUAGUCCAAAUUGGGAGUCAUCCCUUACACUAGAUGCUUUUAAAAACAGUAAAGUAUGGAAAGAUGUUAUCAAGAGAAAUCAGGAAUUGGAACUUUCUAAAAAUACACAAAAUCAAAGCCCUCACUUUUCUGAAGAUUCUAUGGUUACAGAAGUAUCUUCCUCAGACAAUUCUUGGAAGGACAACCUUACAAACCAAAGGAACUCAAAACUUGAUCCUAAUGCAGAAACCAGCAAACAAAAUCCUCCUGCCAUUAUGGAAAAAACAGGCCAUGAUACAGAGGAAAACAUUACUUCAUCUAAUAAGAGAAAAUGGAAUUUUGUUUAUUCAAAUGAAGACAGUACUACGACUAGGCAGCCCUUACAUGGCAACAUAGCUGGCACAUCUAAAUCUACACUCCAUGGCCAGACGCAAGGUCCCAACCCUUCUUAUAACAAGGCAUUUCCCUCUAAGGAUAAUGCCAAUACCAGUAUGCAGCCUAUUAAAGAGCAGGGCCAAAAUCUAUUUACUAGGAAGGAUGAUGGUGAGGAUUUCCAGGAACAGUCAAAACCAUCAAAAUUUAUUACUGCAAAGCACAAAUAUAUAAUUGAUUGUAAGACAAAAAACGAGAGAGGAGGGGGGCAUCAAGCAAAUAGAGGAGUUGGUGAUGACAGACAGAAAACAAGCAGUGGUAAUGGUUAUGGAGCUUUGUCAAGGAGGACACUUGGAACAAGACGUGGCCCAAGUAGCAAGUUUGUGCCUCCAGUACCACGAAACAAUAGUGAUGAUGAAGUGAUGGAAAAUACUAGUAUGACCAGGAAAAGAGGUUUUGAUAAGAACAGCGGAGACAUGGAUGAUGGAAUGGAACCAGAAAUAGAUGAAAGACUGAAAAAUAUAGAGCCAAAGAUGGUAGAGCUUAUAAUGAAUGAGAUAAUGGACCAUGGACCUCCCAUCACAUGGGACGAUAUUGCUGGACUGGAGUUUGCCAAGAAUGUCAUCAAGGAGAUUGUAGUCUGGCCUAUGCUUAGACCGGAUAUUUUCAAGGGACUGAGGGGACCCCCCAAGGGAUUGCUGUUGUUUGGUCCCCCAGGGACUGGAAAGACAUUGAUUGGUAAAUGCAUAGCCAGCCAGUCUAAAGCCACUUUCUUUAGCAUCAGUGCAUCCUCUCUGACUUCAAAAUGGGUUGGUGAAGGAGAGAAGAUGGUACGAGCGUUAUUUGCAGUAGCCAGAUGUCAUCUACCAGCAGUGAUCUUCAUAGAUGAGAUUGACUCACUACUGACCCAAAGAAGUGAUGGCGAACACGAAGCAUCAAGAAGAAUCAAAACUGAAUUCCUCGUACAGUUGGAUGGCGCAACAACAAAUACAGAUGAGAGGCUGUUAGUUGUGGGUGCAACAAAUAGACCUCAAGAGAUAGAUGAAGCAGCUCGCAGACGGCUUGUUAAACGCCUUUACAUUCCACUCCCUGAUGGCGGCGCUCGUCACCAGAUCAUCCAAAACCUGUUAUCACAGCAAAAUUACAACCUGACGGAACAAGAUAUUUCUAAGAUUGUUACUCGCACAGAAGGUUAUUCUGGUUCUGACAUGAGUAACCUAUGCAGAGAGGCUGCUAUUGGUCCAAUUCGUUGCAUAGCAACAUCAGACAUUGAACACAUUACUGCUGACCAGGUUCGUCCAAUAGAAUACACAGAUUUUGAUGCCGCGCUAAGCCAAGUACGAGCAAGCGUCUCACAGAAAGAUCUAGACACCUACAUCCAAUGGAAUACCUUAUAUGGUAGUGGUAGUAAGUGACUAAACUCGCCUCAUUACUAAGCAUUACUCUUUUUUGUUUGUUUUUAGAUGUAAGGUUUAGGUCUUGUAUUUAUCAGUUGUAAAUAAAGCAAUCAUCUUUAAUUCUCGUAAAUUGUUCUUGUCAAAGCUUUACUUUCGACAUUUGACACAUCCUUUCCUCACCGCACUGUUUUCAUUGCUUCGCGCUGAUCGAAAGUUGCGACUGCGACAAGAUUACAGCCAUUCUCAAUCACAUGCGCUGCUCUAGCGAUUGUUUCUGUCGCGACGAAGAAGCUUUUGGUGGAAGUCAAUCAGCGUUUCCAUGACAUUCCAUAGGC